AUUUCCCACUAGCAGUCGCUCCCUUCAACCACUGCGCCGGCCGCCGAGUGUCAGCUUUGUUUGCGACCUACAGUUCUCAGAUCCUUGAUUUCAAAUAGGACGCGUGCGCAGCGCUGUCUGUAGGCGUAUGUCAGUUUGUUUACUCAGCUGUUGGCGUCCUAUACAGUGAGGAGAAGACUAAGAGCGAAUGGAGAAGUGAGUCAUCGGCUGAGUAGCGGUAUUUCAGGGAAUCGUGGUAACAUUUUGUGACUGAGUAGCGUGUAGUGGUCGCAGUAGUCAGUCAUUAUUUUCUUGGCGUUCAAGAGCAAUCAGACCUACAGAGUAAGCGAAUAAUUUAUCGUGAUUUGUUUCCACCAAUCGAAGGACUUUAAAUUAAAGUAAAGUACGGGACUCUAACGAUUCGCCAAAGCAGUGCAGUAAACUGAAAUGGCAGCUCUGCAAGGCCCUGAACAUAGGCAGCAUCCAGAACAGACAGUAGUUCCACUGUACCCGCACUGGCGGGCAGUCUUCAACAAGUACGAUCUGGAUAACGAUGGACGAAUAUCAUUCUCAGAACUCAAGAAUAUCAUCAAUAGUGAAUCAUACGAGAAAGAUAUACCAGAGUCUGCACUCAGGGAAAUCAUGAGACGAGCGGAUCAGGACCAGAGUGGAUAUCUGGAAUGGAAUGAAUUUGAGAAGCUGGUGCACAUGAAAGAGUUUCACAACCUAUUUGGUGCAGCCAUUAACAAGUACAUACAUGCAACAGUGGUGCCACGAUCCAGGCUAUCUCAGGUGGAUCAGGUGGAUGGGACAGGGGAGUAUGAGGAGCAGUACAGCUGCUGGCCGCCUGCUGUCUGCAUGAUCAUCAUCAGCAUUGUAGAGGUAAUUACAUUCCUGUUUGAUGUUGUUACUAUGGGAACAACAGCAGCAGAUGGUCCUGCUGCAGUGGCACUUAUGUAUGAUCCACAUAAACGAUACGAAGCCUGGCGCUACCUGACUUACAUGUUUGUUCAUGUUCGUCCAUUCCACUUGAUUGCAAAUCUUCUAGUCCAGGUACUUCUUGGGAUACCAUUAGAAAUGGUGCAUCAUGGAUGGAGAGUUCUGAUAGUUUAUUUUGCUGGAGUAAUUGCUGGUUCAUUGGGGACCUCUGUGUCUGAUCCUAGCGUUUACUUAGCAGGUGCAUCAGGCGGUGUGUAUGCUCUAAUUACAGCACAUGUGGCCACAAUAAUAAUGAACUGGAAUGAGAUGAAGUUUGCGAUUCUGCAGGCUCUUGUAUUUUUUAUCCUUGCUGGUAGUGAUAUUGGAUCUGCUGUAUACAAUCGUUAUGUCCUUAAGGAAAAAACACAGAUUGGGUAUGCCGCCCACCUUGCUGGUGCUGUCGCUGGAUUGCUUGUCGGAAUCAAUGUUCUGCGCAACCUACAGGUGAAAUACUGGGAGAAAGUGUUGCGUUGGACAUGCAUAGUCUUGUAUGUUGCACUGAUGCUUGCUGCCAUAAUCUGGAAUGUAGGAUUCCCUGAAUAUUUUCCAGAGUCUGCAUACAGCACAUAGUGCUUUGUAGCUGCGACUGGGACAGAAACAUCAGCUGAUGCAAACAUUAAGUCAGAAGCGUAAAGUUGUUUCCUUCCAGACAGUGCUGGUUUCUCUCAUUAUGCCUCACUUUUUAGGUGAUGUUCCGGCCAGUUGGCAGACAUUUUGAUUUUAAAAUAUAGUGGACAUAAUUUCUAAUUGUUGGUGAUUAUGAUUGACGCACGUUGGUUGUGAAAAUAGUGCCCAUUGGAAUUUGUGUGAAAGAAGACAAGAAGAAGAAAAGCUGGAUGCAAGUAUGGUGAAGAGACCCUGUGGUGAUAAAAUAAUGCUGAUAGCCCUUUGGGUGAGUCUAAGAUUUAUCAGAUAACUAGGCAAUCAAAACCACUGCCUAUAGAAGUUCGUAUUCACAGUUAAAGGUGUAUAAGAUACACCCAUUGUUUAGAAUACAGAUUUAAAAUUCUUUACAUGUCCAGCACAGAUAGAGCUUCGAAAAACUAGUUGAAUAGUAGUUAAAUUUAUUACAUUCAAUGGAUGCAGUCUCUUGUUUGCAAAGAAAAUAAGAGAGACUGUAUUACAGACCCCACAAAAGGAAAAGAAAAAUAAGAUCAGCACUUAUUUGUAGUUUUAUAACAGGUAUGUCAUGAUUCAAAAUACAGCUACAAUGGUGUAAGUCCAACUUUGGAAUGUCGUCAGUGAAACUUCCCACCAAAGAAUAUACCAUUUAGCACACUCACACAACAAUAGUAACAUUUUAAAUUUUGUGUGCUGAAUCUAUAAUUCCGAUUACUUGUCCAAUCUUAUUCUUUUCAAGCUGUUUUCCAAUUUUGCAGACUCAAUUUUAAAGCUGCCUAAUGUUUCUUGUUCUAUAUUGUGUAAUCAGUGUUGCUAUAUUUUUACUCUUAUAUAUUUUUGAUACUGUUAUUUGUAUACAAGCUAACAAAUGUUAUAUAAUUUAUGAGGAAAACAUUGAAUAUGUGCACUUAACAGUUUGUGUGUUAUUUACAAUGUUUGUAAUGAGUAUAUACACAAUAGCACUUAGAUGAAACUGAUUACUUUUUUUAUGAAUCUCUUCUUUAUUUAUAUAUUCUUUUUACAUAUGUAUAUUCUUCUACGUAGCAUUGAAUCUAUUUACAGUAUUAACUGCCUCAGACAUCAAAGAUGUCUGAAAAUGUGUGAAGCAUGUAUUGUAAUAUAACUUCAAAUUUUUGUGUGUGCUUCAUGUUGUAUUGAGUUGUACCUACAGUCUUUGCUGAAAUGUCAGUGCCUUGUCUUAAUACUUGUCUGCAUAAAUCUGUUUUAUAUAAAAGAUUGUAGUAUUCUAAGUAUUGAACAGAAAUAUGCAAUGUAAAGAAAUGUAUUUCCCCAGCUCCAUAAUUUGGGCUGCUAUUUCUUUUAAAAUUUUGUAUUGAAUGUGCCUUCUUAAAGUACCAUUCUGUGAUAAAAGUCUUUGGAGUAUUGUCAACAAUAUCCUUAUGUGUUGCAAUCUUAAAGAUUUAAGAUUUUUUUUUCAAACUAUAAAAUAAGUACAAACUGUAAACAAUGGAUAAAUGUAUUUUUAAUGUGUGUAAGUUAUGGCUUAGCUUUUUCAGGUCUUUCGGGACACGAAAUAUUUUUAUAUAUGAUGAUCCAUGGCUAACAUUGUAUAUGAGAGUCUUGUUGGAAAACAAACACACACACACACACACACACACACACACACACACACACACACACACACACACACACACACACACACACACCAAGUGACACCCUUUAUUGUGCUAUCCCAGUUCCAGUCUAAAAUAUCAUCACCAGGACACAAAACAUCACUGUAACAUAUUUGUGUACAAUCCAUGGUGAUUUUGAUCAGCAAUCUGUCUCAAGUUUACAAUGUGUAAAGUCUAAUUGGUGUCUAAGUUUGAAUCUUCGAAAUGUUAGAUAUGAACAAAACUACAUGUAACUAAAAAGCUUAAUUUUAUGAGGCAUCACCUACUGAUAACUUCUUUGUUGUUGUCAGAUAUUGUUAUUUGCAUAUAUUAUUGUCUAAGAGCAAGAUCUAUGUGUCACCUGUGCCGUUAUGUGGAAUGUAUUACACUGAAAUCUAAUUAUAAGUGCAACUGUUCUCAGUGUUAGAUUUUCUCACAUAUGUGAUAGGAAUUUAGAAGCAGAUCUGACCAUACACAUUUCACACUUGAACCAGAAUGGUAGUCUUCAAAAUCAUGUUAUGUGUACAUGUAGUUAAGUGAUGUUUUGUUACCUGGUGAUGUUACAGAUUGAAACUGAUAGCAUGAAAGAGAGAUUUAUUUAGCAGAUGUCAGUAAGUUUUCCAACAGGAUUUUCUUCUCAAACCUGUUAUAUGGCUAUAACAAGUUACAAGGCUAUGAUGACAGUCAAAACAAGUUUUUUGUUGUUGUUUUAUUAUUAUUAUUAUUUCUGUUGAUGUUUAUUAUUAUGUUGUAAAUUCUUGCUUUUUGUUCAUGUUUAUAUCUAUUUUAUUACAAAUGUUGAAAUUAUCAUCCAGCAUCUCUAAGUUUUUAUGAACAGUUAGAGAGAUUGUUGCCAAGUCUUUAAAAUACUUUGUGUUCUCUUUGUUUUGAUUGUAGAAUUUGCUGUAUUAGUACUUGCAAUGCUGUUGGAACAGUGCAGUGACUACAGGUCCUAUUUUGCUUUUCUUCCUGAGAGUGGUUAGUUACUUUCUUGUUCCCUUUUAUUAAGAGAAUUGUAGUUAGUGUGCAUGAAGCUCAACCCUCAUUUUUAGGCUUUUAUAGGUAUAUAUAUUGUCACACUGGCUUGAUUGGAGUACCUUUUCCCCAACUCUUCUUUGUUAUGAUAGUGUGUACUCAAAAGAAGCCAAUUUGAAGAUUUCUUGUAUUGGAUGACUAAUAAUUGCAGUGUUGAAGGACAUAUUGCAAUAAUUACUGUGUCAGAAGGCAUGAUGCAUUUUGUCUUCUUCAGGUGCCUACAUUCAGGGAAGGUGUGUUUUUUUUCUAUUGCCUUGAGUGUAUGGUGUCUUUUGAUGCAAGAUUUUUCAAAAACCUAUGAUGUACACAAAUACUCAGGACAGCGUGUGCUAUAUUUACUUGUCAUUAUUGCUUUCCCCUCUUCGUUAUAUCUAUUGAUUUCCUGUCGUGUGACUUGAAGUUUGUGUAUUAAAGUUUAAUUAUUAGGUCAAAAAUAGUAGGAAAUAUGUGGUGCAGUUUUAUUUUUUGUUUUCAAUUUAAUGCAGUGGGAUAUAUUUUUAUGGUCGUUAUAGAAUAUUUGUGUUGAAGCUAGUGUGCACUUUCACUUUUCAACACUCAUCUCAUGAAGAGCAAAAGCUAUCCUUAAAAUAUUUCUCAUAAUGCUAAACAGUCCAUUCAAAAUACAGGCUCUCUUAUCAAACUUAUAUUCAUUUUGUAUCAUAUGCACAAGCUGCCCCCCCCCCCCCCCCCCCCCCCCUCCUCUUACCCCACGUACACACACAUGUGCAGAGAGAGAUAGAGAGAGAAAUUUGGCAAAUUGGUUUCAACCAAACAAUUUCUAACUUAAAAUGGUUCUUUAAUUAGAUUGAAUUUUGUGGUGUGGGUAAGUGAGGUAAAAGAUCUGAAGAUGAUUUUUUUUAAGAGAACCAAAACUAGUCAUAACAAAAAAAAUGUGCUUUGUGAUCCAAAUGGAGGAGAACUGUUAUCUUUUUAUUUUGAGUAACAUAGAAAUUAAAAGCAGACUGAAGUACUCUACUGAUUUUAUAACAUUUUGUAGUGAUUAAAGCUUAAUAAAGAGUUAUUUCUAUCUUGUGCAGAGUACAGUAUUUAACAUAAGUAUUUAGAAUAUAUGACUGUGUUUAAAUUUUCUGUUCUUCUAGAAUUCUAUUCCGAGAUGUAUCACUUGACCUUUGAACUGGAAAUAAGGUGAUGAACACUUAAAAUUUAGGAGUCAUCCUGUUUCUGUGGCAUCAUAGAAGAAUCGUGAAAGACGAGGGUGAAGUAUUCCCCAUUUAUUGCUGUGGGAGCAUUGACUGUUCUCCUUGGAGCUUGAAUUUUAUUUGCACACUGUUUAUUUGAGUGUUUGAUCUGUCAUAUUGGUAUUGUUCAGUUGAAUUUAUCCUACUUUUUCUUCCUCUUGCUUGUACACACUAGUUUUUGUUAAGGGGAAGCAAAACUAUCUCUCUUAUUUGCAUUGUUAGCUAUCUCUUCUGUCGCUUAUAGAUCAUAAAAAUGCAUACAUUGCUUUCUUAUUGUUAGUGCUCUGUCCCUCACAUAUCCAACACAUAACAAAGGCUGACAGAUUUUGACUUUUAGUCUGUGGCUUGCAUGAAAAUAUGAGUAUCUGACUAAAUAGAUGGCACUGAUCACAAGCUGAAGCAUGUGUUUCUACAGCACAUUGGGUUUUUGCACCAUCAUCACAUCAAAAUCUGUGCCCAGUGAAAUCGGGAAUCAAUUACAGGAAGCUGUAGGCAAAAUGGAACACAAAAAUGGUAAAAAAAGUAACAUGAGACACAUGACCCUUAAGAAGCAAAUAUGGUGAUUUGGGCUCUCACUGGAUGGAAGUUUUGCUUCUGUUAAUCCUUGAUCACCCUCCUUGUGGAUGUCGCUUCUUCUUCAUGUGUGAUACACCAUCGGUAGUCAGACAUGUUUAUUCUGCAACAACCUUGAUAACAACAUUCCAGAGUUUAAGCUCCUAAUGGAACCAUUCACCAUGUUCCUAUGAUGCAUCAGCCAAUUUGGCCUCAAAAUCUCUGGGUGUGACAUAGGACCUUGUGUCCUACCUGUUUAAAUGACUGUAGCUUAUCUUCCACCAUUUACUUGUAAUUAAGCUGCUUAUUCUGGCCAAGGAAAUGAUCCACAAAUUUUUUUAAGCUUCUACAAAGUUGCUAUUCUAUUUCCAACAUUAUACCAUCAAUGUGUUCAUCAGACAUCAACUUACAUGUAUCUGAUCCAAUAGAUAUCCUUUCUUUCGCAUACUACUUCAUCAGUCCUAAUUUGAUGUGCAGUGUAGGCAAUAAAAUUAAAUCUGGAUUAACCAGAUGCUUGUUAACAAUAUUCUUCGAUCCCAUUCUCAGGUUUUUCCUUUUAAGUCACUCUCUCAUACUCCACUGCUCAUGAUAUCCUCUCCAGUCCCAUUCACACAUAUAGCGGGCAUCUUGGUGAAACCUGUUCACUGGCUGAGAAGAAUGCCAAUCACUUUAAAGUCACUGCAUACAACCCAUUAGUGUUCUUCAUACUUCAGAUUUUGAAGGAGUACAUGUAUAGUAAUGUAUUUCCCUCCUGUGUGUACUGAAUACACAAUUGAAAUUGAAGUUUACUAAUUUCCAGUAAUGAGAAAUACUGCUUUCAAACUUUGCUUUUAAAAAUUGGUACAUAACCUCAAUUGAUUACUGCCAUACAUUUGAGCCCCCACUUUCAUCAGUAAUCUGGUGAUGUCUGCAGAAUACAAUUAAACCAUUUAAAAUAAAAGAUUCUCUAAAGUCUUUAUCACAAUUUAUGUACACAGAAUAUGAUAUAUUGUGUGCAAGUAAAUUAUUUUCACUGAGACGUGAUCCUAGAAGUUAUGUUGUGUCUUUUCAAGAGUCCCAAGUCUUUCACCAAAUUGUUAAUUUCUGUUUGAGUAAGAGAUUUUGGAUUACUAUCAGUACCACAGUCAGAUUCAUUACUUUCUUCACUUUCCUUCAGUUUAGAGAAUUUUCAAAUGAUGAUGGUGGUGUAGAGAGGAUCGGUAGGCCUGGACCGAUGGGUAUAAGCCAUGAAAAUGUAUCCGGGCUAUUCACACAUUCUCUUUUUGACGUAUUGGACACUGCACUGAUGAAAUAAUGCAACUCAGUGCACUUAAUCACCUUUAGCUCUCACACUCGCUCAACUGUUGAUUUCUGCAGUGACAAUGGAACAUCUGCUUCAAAUUUCAUUCUCCCCCUGCUUCUACUUCACCCUCUUAUAGUACAGAUAUCCAGUGUUGGCACAUUUAUAUAAAUUAUACUACAGAACAUAGAUUUAGCAACCAGUAGUCAAUACUAAAUAA